AUGACAUCAGCAGUCAACCCUAACAUGUGGGGCCGCUCAGUCAUUGUCUGGUGGGGUCCACUGUCAUUGGCCCAAGGGGCGGGCGCGCGGUGCGGGUGCUGGGCGCCACCGGGUGCAGUUGCGGGCGUAACCCGCGCGGCGCCGAGCCCGACCAGGGGGAACGGGGCGAAGCCACCGGGGCGCGGCGCGGCGCCACCAGCGGGCGGCAGGUGGUGGCAGCGAGCGGGGCCGUGGGGCAGCGGCGCGGGCAAGCGAGAGGGCGGCCGCGACAGCGCGACAGACGGCGGACAGCGCGGCGAGCGAGGGAGCUGCGGGGAGCGUGAGCGCACGAGGGGAGAGGGCGCGGGUGACCGCGGCGAGCGGCGACAACCAGGUCCGCCGAGCACGCACGGUGGUGAUAGGAGGAAGGGGGAGACGGGGGUGGUCCUCACGUUCGGUGCGGGGAAGAGGGGCGGCGUGGCUCGGGGUGGUCCGGCGAGGGAGAGGAUGAGGCAGACGACGGCGACGGGGACGAGGAAGUCCGGCGACGGCGCGGCGUCGGGGAUCGGGGCGCCUCAGGGUCGUGCCCCCGUUCCAGCACGGGUCGAGGGGGGUGACGUGCGGGAGGAGACGGAGAGGCGGGUGGUGGCGUCGGGCGCCGCGGCUGGGGCCGCGCCGGGGAUGGGCGCCGGCGGCGGAGGCGUGGGGUCGGGCUCCUCCCCGAUCUAG